AUGAAACGCUUUUUAAUGCUGAGCCAGCCUAACAUUCAGAUAAUAGAUCUCUCCCAUAAUCAAAUUAGAGGAACAUUUGAGAGUUCAACAUCGAAUGUUACAUCAUUGCCUGGAGUUGAAGUUCAUUUCGGUUCGAACCAAUUCGAAGGUCCAAUACCGUCAAUUUUAUUAACUGCGUCAUAUUUGGAUCUCUCCGAUAAUAAGUUUUCAGAUAUGACAGCCUCGUGUGUUACUUCAGAGCUUCAUAGUUUAAAGUUUCUUAAUCUCUCAGGCAAGCAUGUUUCAGGAGAAAUUCCAAAUUGUUGGAGGUAUUUGGUCUCCCUAGAACUACUCGAUUUGAGUAGCAAUGCUUUUUCCGGGAAAAUCCCGCCCACUAUAGGCACUUUAUUAUUUCGAAUGGAAACAUUGAAAUUAAGAAGGAACAAGCUUGUGGGAGAAUUGCCUUCAUCCCUGAAGAAUUGUAACAGCUUAAAAGUGUUGGAUCUCGGAUACAAUAACCUUUCAGGAUCAGUCCCUGAAUGGUUGGGAGUUAGUUUUCCAAAUUUGGUUAUACUAAUGCUUCAAUCUAAUCAGUUUAGAGGGAGCUUGCCUUCACAGUUAUGUCAUUUAACGCACAUUCAGAUUUUGGAUUUCUCUGUGAAUAAAAUCUCUGGAACCAUACCUAAAUGCCUCAAUAAUUUGACUUCUUUAAGUCAAGGAGGAAAUUCAAGUCUAACCAUCAGACAUUCUUUUUAUCCAUCUAUCUCGGAACCACCUAUCUCGGAACCACCUAUGAAUGCGGAACCAACUAUGUAUGCGGAACAGGCAGCAGCACCCCCAAUGCCAUCCGAUUACUACGAGGAUGAUGCAACCUUCAUGUGGAAAGGAAGAAUGUCUGCAUACAAAAGUAUUUUGGGACUUGUCAAGAGAAUUGAUCUCUCAAGCAACAAAAUAACAGGGGAGAUUCCAAAUGAAAUCACUCAUCUUGUUGGGUUGGUUUCUUUGAACCUUUCAAGAAACCUUCUGACAGGACAUAUUCCUUCACAGAUUGGAAAGUUGCAGUCAUUAGAUUCUCUUGAUUUGUCAAGAAACCAGCUAGAUGGAGAAAUUCCGACAAGCCUUGCUCGGAUUGAUAGACUUGGUUACUUGGACUUGUCAAUUAACAAGUUAUCUGGUCAAAUUCCUACUGGUACUCAACUCCAAGGCUUUGACCCCUCCUUCUAUGCUGGAAAUCCUCAGUUGUGUGGACUUCCACUCGACAAGAUUUGUGAUCCGGAAGGAAACGGUCGGCCAAAUUUCUCGAGCAAUGAAGAAAAUCCAGAUGAGCUCAUCACGCAGGGUUUUUACAUAAGUCUAGGAGUUGGAUUUGCUGUUGGAUUUUGGGGAGUCUCUGGGAGUUUGAUAUUCAAGAGGUGAUGGGGAUAUGCAUACUACAACUUCUUGAAUGCUUCAAAUGACUGGCUUUACGUGAAGGUAGCUUUGAUCAGACGGCAAUUAAAUGAUGUGCUUAAUACAUCAUCAUAAACGCGUCAGCAUAUUCUGAGACAAGUACGAUGGACAAUUGUACAAGUUUCCCAGCAGUGAAGGAGUGUUUAUGGAAGUACUAGUCUCUUGGUUAAUGGUGUUUUCUUUCUUAAUUUUUUUUUCUCUUUCGUCCAUGUUGUUUGUGUUGUAUUACUGAUGUUUUUAUCUUGUAUUAUAUUUCACUUGAGGAAUUCAGUUUACUGUCCCUCAUUGUAUUCUCCUAGUUUUCAAGAAUAAAUUGUACCUCUCCUCCUCUACCAUUGAGGUUUAAGGCGAGGUACCAGAAAUUUUGUUUUACCAAAUGAUUUGUACU